UUUAAACACCUCAGAUCCUCAGACUGCUAUGACAAUACUGGGGAAAAUAAUCCAUGUGGACUAAACUAGCAUCCAUUACGUUCCUUUUGACUUGAAUUGUUAUCUAUCUACAAGGCACUAUAGUUGACACCUUGUUUUGAAAUCUCGCAAGUCAUUUCCUGUUGUUUUUUUUUUUUCACCUUACAAAAUACACAGUGUGGGCUGAAAUCCGUAAAGCAUGCUCAUCACACGGCGAGCUGACAUGUCUGACGGGGUGUUUAUUCUUUUCAUCCUUUCUCUGACACUUCAAGAUGUAUGUACUACUGAAUUCCAGGUGUGGACAUUAUUGCAGAAUGACUACAACGAUAACAGCUCAGUCAAUGUCAUAUGCAAAUAUAUUGCACCGGAAGACUGGACUAUAAGUGCCGAGCUGUACAUCAACAAUGAGAGAAAGUGCAGCAAUGACGAAAGCACGGCAGUAUGUAGUGGGAGAAAAGAAGGAAACCAGUUCAAUUUCACACUGAAAAUAACUGCUGAGCAAAAUGGAUUUCCAUGUCAUUGUAUGGUUUACAGAAGUACCCCAAUCCCUGUUCAAGUGAGAGUGGGAAGAAAAGUUAUGUUGCUCCCAGGAUGCAGUAUUCCACCUCCCAUACCUCUGGACCACCUAACAACCAAGGACGUGGAUGUGAGCAAUCAAUCUGCUCUGACUGGUUAUCUCACCUUGGUCCUGCUUGGAAUUGUACUUCUGCUGUGUUUCUACAGUUUGAUUCUUACUGUUGUUUAUAUCAGGCUAAGGAUCAAAAUUUCUGAAGAGCUUCAAAUAACCUAUGUGCCAAUGCAGAAAAGGGGGGCUAGACCCAAGUUCUGCACACACAGACCUACUUUACACCUGAGAAUCAACUGAUCUGACACACAGGGGAGGAAAUGCUAGUAGCAAACCGUGCAGAAGAAACAUCCCUUUAGAAGAAAACCUGUUAAAUUAAGUGUGUGUUAUUUAACGUGAACCGUUUUUGUUUUUCUUAUUAUUUCCUCAACCUGAGUACAAAUGUUGUGUACUACUGCUAACGUAACCUACUAACCCAUUUCAGAAGAAAGUGAAAGGAAAAGGUUCAGACAAGAAUGCAGAAUACAUGGACAUGCGUGAGGUACAUCAGCAAGUACAACCGAUCAGAGACGUGAACCACAACUCUCGCCUGAAUCCUGUGGUCGCUACUGUCUGAUCCUCCAGAGUUUAUUCAUAUGAGUUUGAUUUUAAUGAUACAGUAAAGGAAGCUUUACUUUUUUCUACACUGUAUUCACCUGAAUAAGGGAAAAACAACACAGUGUAAUCCAUGCGUUCAAAACUUAUCGUCUGUAGUCUAGCCAAAAAGCACAUUUAUAAACAUAUUCUUGCUGUGUCUUAUGCUUGUAUCUUGUUUCUAGGUUGAUAUUGUUUAUACAACAAAUGCUAUUUAGAUUUUUCAUAGAUGUAUAAAGAGCAUUGAGAGUGUGCACUGUAAUGAUUGUAUCGUCCCUCAUUUUUAUAGCACUUUUAAUAAUAAACAUUGUCACAAAGCAACUCUAGAGAAAUCCAAAUGUAGGUUUAGAUCCCUAAUGAGCCAGGGGGAACCGUGACAAAGAAAGAGACAAAAGUAAGGAAACUUUGAGAGGAACCUGACUCAAACAGGAAUCCAUCCUCUUCUGGAUGAAACCAGAGUAUAUGCUAUUGAGUUAAACAGUUCCCAGGAUGUUCACAGCAUGAGCUUAUUUUCCUGGCUGAGCUGUUGGUCUUUAUUCUGUUUUUAAAAAACAAGAGGUAGUUAAUCACAUCAGUCAUUUGAAUGUAUUAUUCAGUGUAAUGUGUUUGAAGGUAGCAUGAUUUAAUGUAUACUAUGCAAUAACGGUAGCAAUGAAUGCAUUUAUCAGUCAUAAUGUUUGCUUGCAGAUUCUUCACAGUGCCAUUUUUACUUACGCUAUAUAUGGACACCUGGCCAUCAUGCAUAUAUGUGCCUUCAAUAGGCCCAAACUUGUAAUAGAACUAAGAGACCCAAACUUCUAAGAUGUAAAUGUUCCUGUGCUCGAAGUGACAUGGUUUCCCAGGUUUGGUGUGGAAGAACUCCUUUGGCCAGGACUCCUUGACCUCAGCUGAACCCAACUGAACACCUUCAGGAUGAACUGGAACUUUGACUCCCCCUGGCCCCCUCUGCUAACAUCAGCACAUGCCCUCAACUAAUGCUCUUUAGGCUGAAUGGAUACAAAUCCACACAGCCACACACCAAAAUCUAGUGAAAAGCCUUUUCUAGAAAAGUGAAGCUUACAGCAAACAAACGGAAUAGAUAACGAGAUGUUCGUCAAGCACAUAGAUGCGUGAUGUUCAGGUGUCUACAAAUUGUAUAGCGAGAUAAAUCGCAUGAAAUGUGUUUCUGAAGUAGCUUGCAUUUGUGUAAUUAAAUUUCUUCUUUAC